CGUUCAGCUCAUGGUUACACUGAUGACUUGAAAAAAACAUAGUGACCGGACUUAAGCUCGUCACAUUAGUUUCACCCAUAAAUUAACUUAAAAUAAACACAAUGAGCUGUCCAGGAUUUGGAGAACUAAAUAUACCUUCGUCGCGAGCCUUUUGGGACGACUGCGACGAGGACGAGUUGGAAAACCUGAAGCCAGUCGAGAAGCUGCAGCUCAAAUUCGAUGGAGAAUCGGUUGGCGAGGAAAUCCCCGUAGAAAGCGAUUUCCUGGUAGUCAUUGAGGGCGUCAACGUCAACCACUUCGGCACCUCAUUGCUGUCAAAAGAUUCAAAACUAGUUUGCGGCAUUCCUUCAAAAAACUCGUCCCUGCAUUGGAGUCCCUCGUUAAAACAGUUGUUAGCAAUCCUUGAUGAGGACUUGACUAGCAGUGGCGAGGUCACGCAGCUUUUACUGCCUUACACCAAGUUGGCCAAGAAUGUGAUUACCCUUACGCUGAAGCCAAAGGUGGAGUUUAAGAGUGAAGAUAUUCAGCAAUACAGGGAUCACAUAGCUAUUGUGCGUGGAAUAGGUGUAAAUCAGAAGGAUAUCACCGAUUUAGAGGCCCCCAACUUUAUAGCUGGGGUGGCGGCUGGAGUUGCCAGUUGGCGGGAUCAAGAGGAGUUGCCUGUAAGCUCCUUCGUUAUCUACACCGAUAAGGUGCCUCUGGACGCCACGGCUGCCCAGCCAGUGAUCAAGUUACUCCAGAGCGUAGGCGUAUCCUGCAGCUCCAGUUACAUCCCACCGCGAAAGGAGAACUCAUACUUGUAUAUGUGAAACUAAUUUUGGGUGUGUUCUUCCUAGUUUUAAUGCUUGUAAAAAUGUUGCGGUUGCGGAAUAAAAAAACGAAUUACUUUAGUACUUCAAAAA